AUGGUCUCAUCACAGGAACUCGAGACGGCCAUCCGGCAAAAGGUGCAAAACGUAUCCACUCUCGUUGUCUCGGACGUCUCCGGUGGCUGCGGACAAGCCUACGAUGUGGUCAUCGUUUCCGACGCCUUUUCAGGACUUACUACGCUGAAAAGGCAUCGAAUGGUGAACGAACUUCUCAAGGACGAGAUCGCACAACUUCAUGCCUUUUCUCAAAAAACAUACACCGUCUCCCAGUACGAACAAAUGUCUUCCUCCUCCGCCAGCAACGAUUCUGCACCUGCUCCUUCUGCAACUAAACCCACCAGCGCAGAUCUACAAGCACCUGCACCAAUCAACUCCACCGGCAGUCGACCGUCUCACAACCGAACCGCUUCCGGCGUCUCCAUCCCGGAACUUACCCUCACCACGGAUGACGAAACCCUCUCCGGUCUGUCCGCCAGGAACGCCGGAAAACCUCUCGGACCAGGCGCUCAACCCGGUGGAUCAACACAGUUCCCCGGAACAGCCGUACCACCACCUCUCAGUCCAAGCAUCUCGAGAUUGCACGAGAACCGCAUCCGCUCCAUCGAGUUCUGGACCGGUCUACGGAGCUAUCUGGAAAUCCAGUUUUCAGGUCACAACGCCGAUGCAGGCGCUGCCAGCCCAGGUCCUUCGGGUAGAAGUCCCGGUGAUGCGGAGAUCGAGAGAAUCUUCGAAGAUUUCUUCCUCUCCCAAAAGCACCAUCUGACCGCUAGCGAUGUGGCCAAGGUCAGAGAUGCGACCGGGAUGUUCGGUAUGGCUGGCGUGUAG